AUGGCCACAUCUCUUAAGCCCUCCGAAACCAUGGACUUCUACGACAUUGCCAUGAGCCCACCAGCGUCAGUGAACCCCUGGAAGGCUCGAUUGGCGCUGAACUUCAAACAUAUUGCGUACAAGACUAUAUGGGUCCCCCUUCCCGAUAUUGGGAAAGUUCGUCGGAGUCUUGGCGUGCCCGCUUGUCGCAAACUUGCCGAUGGCAAUGACUUCUUUACACUUCCUAUCUUGGUUGACCCUAAUACCAACUCCAAAAUUGGGGACUCGUUCGAUAUUGCUGUCUAUCUGCAAAAGACGUACCCGGAUUCAGGUGCCGGCGAUUUAUUCCCCCCUCAGGAGAUCAACUAUACCUUUGAUCAAGACCCUCCCCCUUGGGCACCGCCACUAUCAGCACGGAAACAGGGUGAGUAUGACGAGUACUCCAAAUUCAAUAUGCAUAUCGACAGAGCAUUCAGCGCUUAUGUUGGCCUCAUGGGGUUUUUCCUCCCCUUCGACUCACAAGCGAGCAAGGAUGAGCUCGUUCGCCGUGCUGGUGUAAAAUCAUGGGAUGAUUUCGAGAUAAAAGGCGAAGCGCGGGAGAAAAUGAAAGAGUCUUUCCGUAUGAUGCUUGGGGACCUUGCAAAGCUAUUUUCAAAGAAUACCACGGGGCCUUUCAUUCUAGGUAAACAGGCUAACUACGCCGACCUAAUCGUUGGCGGGUGGGUAUACAUGAUGCAUGGGACUCUCCCAGACAAUGAAUGGCAGGAGGCCAGGAGUUGGCACGGAGGUAUUUUCGGAAAUUUGUAUGAUGGGUUACAAAAGUAUGCAGAAGUGAAGUAG